ACACUCUCUGUCCUCAAUACACGGAUCUCGUCACACGAAUUAUUUUCCAGCCAAUUACGCACAAUGUGGAACAUUUCAAACAGCCGCAGGAGGAAAACUCGCAACUUGGUGGGAUUUCGUUCGGGAACGUGUCCUUUGCGCGCACCUGGAGCAACCGGAGACAUGCAGGGACAGCAAAUUGUAGCCGGUUUAUGAUACCGAGCCUCCGUGUAGCCAGUCUCCGAUUUUUUCCUGGGAUGGGGAGCAGCGCAUGGAGCUGCGGUGCCCUGUUCCUGCUGGCCAUCGUUUGCUCAUGCCGUGCCAUCACUCUGGAGUCUAUCCACUGGAGCAGCUCCAAUGCCAAGUUUACUCCAGGUCAGGGUCUCAUCCUGUAUCCACAGAUAGGAGACAAGAUGGACAUUGUGUGCCCCAGGGCAGAUGCUUCCUCUGGGGGAAAGGAGGAGUUCUACAGAGUCUUCCUGGUCUCGCGAAGUCAGCUGGAGAGCUGCACCAUUGACCAGACUGACACGCCUCUGCUGAACUGCGACAAACCAAACCGUGAUGUAAAGUUCACGUUCAAGUUUCAGGAAUUCAGCCCCAACCUGUGGGGUCUGGAGUUCCUCAAGGGGAAGGACUAUUACAUAACCUCCACCUCCACGGGCUUCCUGCAGGGUCUGGAUAACACUAACGGAGGGGUGUGCAGGACCAAAUCCAUGAAGCUGGUGCUGAGAGUCGGCCAGAACUCUUCAGAUCCACCUUCAACACUUCAGGAGUCCCCCACCAGAUUCCCACCUACACGACCAAAGUCCAAGGCCAAGGACGCCUCCACGAAAGAAGAGGAUAUAAAAAGUAAAGCUGAUGUGGGCUCGGAGACAGGACUUUUCACGUGGGUUGUCUCUGGCUGUGCGGUCCUGCUCGUGGUCAUCAUAGUUCUGUUGGCCGUGUUGUGGAGGCACCGUCACCGUCGCUGCGUCCCAGAUGGGCAGCAGUCCGCCUCCGUGUCCCUCAACACUUUGGGCGUGCCGAAACGGGACAGCAUCAGCAGCGACAACAACGGCUCGGACCGCAGCGACGUCGUCUUUCCUCUGCGGGCUUCCGACAGCAUGAUCUGUCGUCACUUUGAGCGCGUGAGCAGUGACUACGGGCCCCCUGUGUACAUAGUUCAGGAGAUAAUGCCCCAGAGUCCCACCAACAUCUACUACAAAGUCUAAUGCUUGCUGCUCUGAUGACACUUCUCUGCUGAUAUGAGGGUAAUCAUGAAUCUCAGCUACUGAGGAUAAUCUGAGAGCUGUGCGCGGUCCAAAAAAAAUACAGAUAAAGAGCGAGAGCUCCGAAAUGUUGUCACCUCAGCUUAGUGACAAGACAAUCAGACAGGAAACUGGUGUCUUAACAUAUCAUUGGUAGUUGUGUCCAGUUUGUUUUUGUCAGAUAUGCUUGGAAAUGGGGGGGAGAUGUAUUUAUAAGAAAUUCUUUAUUACUGCCACCAACACGUGGCAGCUUUAGAUGUACAGUAAAUGUGUAUUUAAUAUUAAUUUAUUGAUGAAUUGGUUUAAGGAAAAGAGGGGGAAAAGCUUAAAAACUGCACUGCAGAGCAUUAAAUUCAUGAGCACUUUGAGGUUUUUCACAGCCGAAAUGUGUUGACUUUGUUUGAACCGAAAUGAAAGUCAUGACUUUGUGGAUUUUAUUAAAAUGAAAGUGUU